UUUCGAGAGGCAGAGGUCAGUGUUCUUCGGUGUUGAGCAGCAGAAAACUCUCUCAACUUACAAUCGUAUACGUGUAUAUGAAUACAUAUAGUUAUCGGUCUAGUUAAGGAACUAGAUGAGAAACAUUUAGAAUGGAUAAAUAGCUGGAAAUGGACAGCUAAAGAAGGACAAAAACUGCUCAUGACGCCAAAGUGAGUGUUUGUGGAGAGAUGAAGAUGUCCAGGAGCGGAUCAGGUCUCCAGCCUCUCAAAGCUACAGUUCCCUUCACGCUGCACAAACCAGCUACAGCUGCCGUCACAAAUUUCACUCCAGGUGAUAGGACCAAAGCUGAGUGGCGUUUGCAGACUCAGAUUCGGCGCACAGUAUCUUUGGAUGCGAUUGUGUGGCCGUACUUGCAAGGCCAGUGGCCCAAAGAGGGGGACAGACAUGACAAGCAAGACAAAUCCACACAGACACCACAGGCUUGGUUAGCUGGAGCUGAAACAGCAUCUGUUGGAUUACACAAACGUUCGGCAUCAUGGGGAAAUUCAGAACGUCUCCAGGAUGGAAGUGACGUGUGUGCAGAUUCGUUUUUCAAGCUGAAACAACAACUGCAACAGAAGAAAAGGUCAGGCAUUUUGGUUGGCAAUCAAGAGAAACUGCACAGCCAACAUCAGUCCGCUGCUCUGUUAAUUCCACCCGCGUCAUUGACUCGACUGCCGUUACGUUUGCGUCAAAGUGAAGAGAGACUAGAUCAGGAGCUGGAGAAAGUCUUCACACAUCAUGCAUCAGUUCACCAUUGUGGACUAUAUGAGGUUCCUGAUGGCCACAGGGCUCCUGUUCCACACCUGAGACCCAAGAGUGGAUUUCAGAUUGGGUCUUCCUGUGUAGCUUCCCACUCUUCUUCUUCCUCAUCCACAUCUUGUUCUCCACAGCGCCCUCUAGAUCUCGAAACUGUUGAAGAGGUCAGCUCGUGUAUCCUGAUGCUGUCCUCAUCCCCACGGCCCAAUAAUAGCUACUGCUUUCAGAGAGAUCCACCAGAGGGUUGUGAGAGAGUCCGAGUGUGUGAAGAGAACGUCCUUCCAUGUUUGGACCAAGUGUACGUGUCCUCCUGCCCCGACCCUGACAAAGUGAACUUCACCACACACACGGGCUCAGCCUUCUGCCCUGUCAAUCUCCCAAAGCCCCUCCUACCUCCAGUGGACUUCCUGAUAUGCAGCCUCUCAGUUUCUCCAGGGUCCUGCUGGGUUGGACAGUGAGGAGUUAAUAAGUAAAGAAAAACCACAAACCGUCUUACUCUAUUUGAGAGAUAUAGAAAAUGACUGUCUUUAAAACACUUUGCUUUUUAUUGUUGAAUAUGCUUCAGCAUCUGACCUUACUACUGAACAUUACAUUUUUCACUGUUGAACAGUGGAAAAUGUAAACGUUUAUUUUCUAAUUUAAAAAGUAAUUGAAAUAAGAGAAUACCAGAUUUCUUUGUGAAAAUAUCCUGUUGGAAUAGUGGAUUUGAUAGAUGGGCAGUUUUAUAAGGAAAACGCUGUCCUUAUACACAAUGAAUAUUGAAUAGGGCAGAUUUUUUUUAAUGUAUAGAAUAGAAUAGUACUAUUAAGGCAAUGCCAAUAUUUUAAAUCAGUAUUUUACCACCCACUUAAGUGUUUUGCUGAAAAACUAAGUUGGCAAAUUGAUUCUUUAAUAUUCAUAUAUUCAUACUUUAGAUUUAUUUUGUUCUAUGUGGGUGGUUAUAUAUAUAUAGUCAUAGAACAUUUCAUUUCAGUACAUUCAUAUUAUUUGAUUUUAGGUAAUUGUCACAGUUAUGCUCUAAUGGUACUUUUACAUUCAAUAUAUAUAUAUAUAUAUAUAUAUAUAUAUAUAUAUAUAUAUAUAUAUAUAUAUAUAUAUAUACUUUUUUUUCCAAAAGUAGAGUGUUUUUGUCUAAUUAAUGUUUACAAUGGUAUACCUUGAACAUAAGAAUGUUAUUUUUGUAUUUUUGUACUGAUGAAUCUGUACUUGAAUGUGCAAUUAGUUAGGCGCUCUGUACUGUUUGCACAUAUAUUUUUUGCUAAACAUAAGCUAUAGAAUGUCAAUUUUUACACAUUAUCUGACUUCAAAGUAUUUCUUUAUUCAAAACGCUCAUUGCGCACAUGAUGUUUGUUGUUAUUUUAAGCUUUGGUUGAAAUGCUUUGUUUAGAUGAGUCAGUUUGAACUCUUUGCCUUCCCAUUGGAAAGUGCUUGGAAAACUACAUGCAAAUUGAUGAUACAUCAAUCUUGUUUUUUUUAUUCUUUUCUUUCUGUAGAUCAGCAUGUGUGCAGAAUGUUUUGGCACUGAUAAAAGAGAAAUGAGCAACAAUAGUGAUUGAAUGCCUGUUCUGUCAAAUGGAUAUUUUGAAAAAUAACAAACUGUUAUUUUUACUGGCAAGACUGUCAAAAGAAAAGAAAAUUAAGUGCUGAUUGCAUGUGGUCAGGUGAAUAAUGUGAACUAUGUGCAGUAAAUGGAAAAAGUUUAUUUUUAUAUGGAAAAAAAAUCAUUCUGUUACUUUA